GCCAAUGUUAUUAAAUUUAAUCUAAAUAUUUUGGAAACUUCCUCCGCGUAUGCGAGUGAUUGUAAUAUGCGAGAUUAAAUAUUGUCAUAUAGGAAGAAACAUAACUAUCCAAACGCGAAUCUCAGCAUUCCAUGACCCGAAUCACGAGGCAGGUGUGACCCGGACGCGGUCUGGUAGGCGUAGUAAAUGAAGUGUAGACAUAGCCCAGUGGCCGGGAAAAUACACCACUUCCGACACCAGCCGUUUGUCGGCAGUUUGGUAUGGACAUGGGUUGUUACUGUCAGUUGUCCCCAAGAUGGUGCUGUGGACGGUGCUGGCUGGAGGCUGCUUGUGGAUGCUCGUUAGUUGCUGCUGGGGAGCUGCUAUCAACUCGUCUACGCCCGAGGAACAGCUGCAUAAAGUUAUGGAGGUAGUAGCCAAUCAUUGCUCUAGCCGUCGUUCUCCAGCCUGUCUACAAUUCGAGCUCCUGUCUCAGCUGGAACAGAUGAUGCCGGGUCCGAAGGUUCAGAUCCUCUCAGGAGUCUACCUAUCCAGGAGCAACAUUUCCCUUGCUUCCUUGCCACUGUUAAGUGAGCUGACGGAUCCAAAGGGGCGAAGCCUAGAUGCCACAACUCGUUUUCUCAACAGUCUUCUGGCAGAGCGCCUCAUAAGUCAGCUGGAGACGUGGUCAGUUAGUGUUUUCGUGUUCAGUAAUAACACCCUCAAUCAGCUCAGGAGUGUUUUGAACCCUUCCGCAACUGGCGCAAAGAAUGAAAAGGAAGUUGAAACUGGCCGAAGGCACAGAUACUGGAAGUACAUGGGAAGCGCACUUGUGACAGUUGGAUUCAGCGUUAUAUCAGCUCUUAUCAGCAAGUCAUUGACCAUGUCCCUUGUAGCUCUGGCCGCUACAAUGUUACUAGGGAGUCGCGGUGAGUCCGGGUACGGGAGUCACGGAGGAUACUCUGCCCCCGUCCACCACCUCCCCACCUUCCGCUCACCGCCACCAGUCCGCAAUAACCCGAGCGAGGUGCAGUACGUGGAUGAGCUGCCCGAAGACUCGAGAGUGGACCAAUCCCUCGUGUACGUUAAUAGGAAGUCUUACCAAAAGGAACGAACAGAUAGUGGCUAUGAUAAGUUGUAUUACAAGUACAAAUGAGAUUGGGACGGACAUGGUGUGGUGUUUCGGUUUUUUAAAUUUUCAAUGAAACACUCCAGUACAAGCUUUUUCUUGGUGUUAAUUUUUCAAAUUCAAAAUAUUGAGGUAUUAUAAUUCAUUUAGUUCUAAACCUGAAAUAUACACAUCAUGAUUGUA